CCCACUGGUUACUUGGAAAUAUUGGGGAAGAUGGGAAAGAGAUUAUUCCAGCACAUGGGGAAAGAGGAUCACUUGUAGCUUUACCAGAUAAAAUAUAGGCUUCUCAGUAAACUGGAAUUUCAGAUGUACAACAAAUAAUUUUUUUAUAUAUAUAUAUAUUUUUUUUAGACAAAGUUAUUGAUAGGAAAACAAAUAAUUUUUAGUAUGUCUCAAAUAUUAUAUUCAUCGUUUAUCUGAAGUUCAUAUUUAACAGGGCAUCCUGUACUUCUAUUUGCUGAAUCUGGCAACCCUACUUGGCAAAUCUGGAUCACAGAGUGUCAGUCAGACUGGGAAAGACAGUCUUGAGGAACAGAGUUGGUAGAACCCUUGACCCCCCUCUGCCUCCUCCUGUCUUGGAAGCAGCGUCCCCAGCAACCUCCAGACUCCUGCAGGCUGACACAGCCGCUGCUCUGCCAUGGCCAGUCCAGUUUGCCAGCAAACUGCAGGAGGAAGUGACUUGCCCUGUCCGCUUGGACAUUCUGAGUACCCUGUCACCAUCAACUGUGGGCAUAAUUUCUGGGUCAGAUGCACACCCGGAGAGGGGGAGCAUGAGACAACUUUUUCAAAUGUCCCUGUGCAACAGUUCCGUGAGGAAGGACACAUGCAGGCCCAACUGGCUGCUGGUGAAUCUCAUGGAGAAAAUCCAACCUCUGGCUCCCUCUGAGAUGCGGCCCAAUAGGGAAGAGCUGUCCUGCGAGGCACUGGGCAGGUCCCGUCCAAGGACCACAGAUCCCAUAACGCCAGCUGGAUAGAAGCAGCCGCCCAGCAUUAUCAGGUAGGCUUUCGGGCUUCCUUCCCUGUGCCCAUCAGCCCAGGAGUUCAAGGGCCGGGAGACUGUGGGCUUGUGCCGCGCUGCCCCACCCCUUGCGCUCCAGCGAGCGGGGAGUUGGCCGUCAGGCACCGAAGGAGCAAAGCUCUGAGUCUGGGGGCUGCUGCGUGCUGGGAUCGAGGCACAGUGGAGAAUGGAAAGGGUGUGGAAUUUUGACUCGGGAGGUGUGGGCUCAGGUCCAGACCCUGAGUUUACUGUGCCGUCUUCCAGGAAGCGCUUUACCUCUCUGGGCCUCAGGUGCCUCACCUUUCAAAUGGCGCCGAUAAGACAUCUCUUAAAGCUGUUGCUAGGAAGGUGAGGGAAGGCUGUAGGAGUUCUUUGAUAACGGCAGAGCACCACGUAACAGUCGUGGUAGGCCGCCAAAAAUAGCCACAUCCUCCUCUUUCAGGUCACAGGCUCCAGAUUCCUCCCUUCCCAGAAGCCCCUCCCCGCCAGCGUGGGGGGUAUUAAUAAUUAACCCGGACUCCCCUGGAAAGUCGCACCCGCUCUCCUGAAAGGCCCAGAAAUCCCGGGCGCCGCCCGCCCACUGGCCCGUGCCCACGGAGGCGGACUCAGCGCAGACCCGCCUCGCGGCGGCGGGGCAAGCGCAGGCGCCGGGCCAAGAGCGUCGUUGUCUCCGCGGCCCAGGCGGAGCGCGAGAGGCAAAGGAUCCUCAGGGAAUUCAAGCACUUGCUUCAGGUCCUAGAGGAGUCUCCUCCUGUAAGGGAGGAGCUGGCUGGACCACGAGGGAGCCCAGGCGGGAAACUCCGUGUCACUUCCACCUGGCACAGCUGACCCUCUGAAGAAGCUCAUCGGUUCCCUGAAGGCCAAGGGCAAAUGCGGUCCUGACAGCUGCUAGAGGAGUGAAGAGUUUCAAUUUCUCAGCCCAAUCCCUAUUCAUCUGGACCUCGAGAAAAAACUUAGUGAAGCAAAAUCAAGACAUGACUCCAUCACAGGGAGCCUGAAAAAACUCAAAGACAAUCUACAGGCUGAUAGGAAGGAAAAUGAAAACAGAUUCUUCACAGGCAUGAAUGAAAACUAUGAAGACCUGUAAGUGGGAAGUUGCUCCUGCCAUUUGGGGAAAGUGAGAAGAUCAAAGGGGAAAAAAAUCUGUCUCUGUGCUUACGUGAAGGCCAGAUAUGUGUGGAUGCCCAUUCCUUGGCCAAUUGAGAACAGGCAUAUGGAUAUAUUUUAUUAUUUUAAACUCAGACAGGAAGGAAAAAGUGGGACAAGGAGGAGGCAGCUCAAUCUCUGCAGUGUUAGCUGCCCUACCUGCACAUACCAGGCAAUGGUCCUCUGGGUGAGAGGUCAGGACAGCUCAGGGGAUGGAGACCCACUGUAAUGACAGCCUGUGCUGAAGUCAUCAGAGAUGGUUCUGCCACCUGAAAUGGUAACACUAGAAGUACCAUUUCUUAAAGGACCACUAUCCAACAUUUCAAAACCCUACAACUAUCCUCCAAGGUGCUGGUUACAGAAUAACAAUCCUAAAACGAAGAAAACCCCAGAGCCUGAGUCACCCUCUCCAGGUGCCAACGAGACAGGAAGGAAGCUGCUCCUGCACUCCUGAGGGAUGAGGGUCAGAAAGAUUCCUCCACAUCAGCUAGAUCAUCUCUGGGCAUGAAUUUUCUUAUCUAUAUUGUAAGGGUUAGACUACACAUUGUAAAUAUGCCUUUCAACCUUAAUAUUCUAUAAAUCUAGGAUUCUUUGAACUUAGUAGAGGUGGGCACCAGAAUGAAAUUAGCUGUAUUUGGUGCCCUUACUGGAGAUCCCUAUAUAAGUUAAUAAAUAAUUUGUUUGGAAGACCUACUCUCUGUAAUGGGAAGUGGACAUGGAAAUGGGGUGAUUACCUUGAAUGGGGGUUAGAAAAGGAAAUGGAAAGAAAAGACUACUGGACAAAAUGAGCUUCUAAAUACAUAAAUGAGACCAUGUAAAUCUGUCACUUUAAGGUCUACAGUGACAUAUCACCACUCUUAGAACAAAACCCAACUCCUUAUCCUGGGCCCUAAGAUCCUGCACAGCUUGGCUCAGCAUUUCUCCAAUAUCACCUCAAACCAUUCUCGCCAAGCUUCACACUCUUUCAAGGCCUUUCCCACCGCAGGACCUUUGCACCUGCUGUUGCCCUGCCCACGGGCUCCCUCCAGCUCUCCUGCCUGGCCUCCUCUCAGCAGCCCGGACUCCUCUCAAAUGUCACCUCCUUAGAGGGGAUUUUUCUAACACACUAUUCUAGGGAUUUUUCUAACACACUAUUAACAGUAGUCACACCUCCUCCAGUUAAUUCCUCGUAUAUUACCCACUUCAUACUCUUCAAAGCACUUGUCACAAUCUAUAAUCUUGCUGGUUCAUUUGUUACUUGCUUAUUGUUGGUCUCUCCCAAUAGGAUCUAAAUUGCCAGAGGACAAGAUCAUGUCUGGCUUGUUCUCCACGGUAUCCCUAACUCCCAGAACAGUGCUCAGCAAAUAAUAGGGGUUUAGUAAAUAUUAAUAGCUGUUGAAUAAUUAAGUGAAUGGAUAAAUAAAUGUACAAUUUUUAAAGGGACACUGCUAAGGGGUUGAGGAACAGGAAGGCCUUGGGAACAUUGUGAAGGAUGAACAGUGAAUGUUUAAGGGGGAAUUAAAAGGAUAGAUAUUCCAUAGAGGCAGUACUAAUAAAAAAAAAAAAGGAUAGAUAAAACAAUAGUAGUGACAUGGGCAAGGGGGGUGUCAGAAGGAAAGGAAACAAAUUAGCAUUCAGGAUGAGCUUGAAGGAGGGACAGCAUCUCAGAGGAACUGUGAGCCCUAAGCAAGAUUGAAAGGGAGAGGGAAGAAGGAGGCUUCUAGGAGUGACAGAAAUGAGAAAGUAAAUAAAGUCUCAGAAGAAAGAAAUAAAUUUUUAAGGGAAUUUAGAGCCAGUAAGUUUGCAUUUGGUCCUGGCUUUGCCUCUGUUCGAGCCUGAUCAAACCCUUUGCCCCGCCAGAGUCCUGGUGAGGCCACCGUGCAACGGCCGGACUGGGCUCACAGCUGUUAUGGGGUUAAAUGAGAGAGUGGACUAUGGGGGUGACAAUCCGGUAACACAGGUCAUGCCACUGAGAUCAGGACUGAUUGGAUUAAUCUGGUGGGGUCUUCUUCCUUUAUCUCCACCUUGAGUCCCUCCCUCCUAACCCUGCCCUCCCUCGGGGCAUGUUUGCCUGGAGUCCUUGAAGCCUUUGCAUAGGAGAACUGCCUUGCUCCGGUAGAGUCCAGUUAUGUUAAAAUACACUGUAAACUGCAGAGUCUUUUAAAAAAUUAGUCAUUAUAGAAGCAACCAGCAUGGAAGGAAAUAUUUUCUGGAAGGCAUAGUGAGCGGACAUUGAGAAACACUUGUGGUUUCCUUCAUUCGUCCUGCUUACUUCCUGGGCCAUGAUUUCCCAAGUCCGGUGUUCUCCCUAGAGGUGCUUUACAUUCUCUGUUCGCCCUUUUCUCUCCCUCCCUCUCAACACAACCUCCCCUCCCUUCACAAGUCCCUCCUGAGAUCAUCCCCACUCGUCCUGUCUCUGGUCUCUGGCAGCAGGAGCCUCACCCGCUUGUCCCCUCAGUGUCCGGGAUGGCAGGUGUAGGCUGACAGUGGAUACACUGUAUCUGCCUCGUUACACUCCUUCACACAGGAAUGGCAGAUUUGCCUGAUGGGGCAUAUACUUUACCUGCCUCAUCACACUUCCCAAGGGCAGGACCAUGACUGUCCUGUCAUUGGUCUCCCAAACACCUCUUCAUUCCUACCUCUCUCCCCUGGAAGCUCCUAAAGACUUGUGGACUUUUUAAAAGUCUGAGGAUGUUACUGACACAGAGGAGAGAGACUGGAGGAUAGAUAAAAGGAGAGAAGGACAAAAGGAAGAGAAGGGAAAGAAAGGAAGGGAUGGGCUAAGGCCUCUCCUGCCCCUAACAUCCCUGGUGCCAUGCAUGGGUAUUGAGCUGUAACAUUCUGCAACACCACAAGCAGACGUCCUGGAAGGAGUUGGGAAGGGUUAGGGACAGUUACAUGGGUGGCCCCGUGUGAAGUCGCGAGAAGACUGAGUGCUACACCAGAAGCAGAAUGCAGCCGCGGUGAACUGCAGCAAGCCGAGCCAAGCCAGCACGCACAGACUCACAUCUGCCCUUCUGGCUCUCCAGAGAUACAAUGAACCCAAGGGAGGAUUAAAGGAUCAAGUGUAGAGUUAUUAGGGAUUCCAGAGACAGGGAAAAGGUCUUGAGGAGUAAGAUAUUUCCUGGCAGAGUCUGCCUCCAAAUGCCUUUUCCCUUACUGGUGUCCUAGAACCAUCAGAUGUGAACUCACGGUAACCAGGGUGUGAAGGCCAAGCGGAAGCUUUGCUAGCAGGAAUCCUUGUCUAGUUAUGGAGGGAAACUAACAACUAGCCAUGAGCUUCUCCAGCCAGACUGAGCACCGUGUCCCAUGACAUGAGCAUCUCCAGCACGGUGCCUGGAGGCUACCAGCAAGGAGUAACUAUUGACUGAGAAGGACAAGAAGGUCUCAGCAGAGUCAGCCAGAGGCCCCCGUCCCUGUGCUGGAUCUGUGAGGAGCAACCCAACAGCCCGGGCACAGGUCACCAGACCACAUGCCAGGCGCUGCGUCAGGCGCAGGGACGCAGCAGCAAUCAUCAAGGUUGGGUUCCUCUUCCAGUGUCACUUAGCUUCUAUUGGAUAGAAACAGAUCACAAGCAGGAACAUACAUCAUCGCAGACAGUAAUACAUGCCGUGAAGACAGGAAAUCUGGGUAACAGACAGUGAAUGCCUUUGAGGAAACUACUUGAGAUACAAGUGGCAAAAGGAGUCCUCCCUGACUAUGGUACCUUUGAAGACGGGGACAGCCAUGUGAAGCUCUAGAGGGAGAGGGCCCCAGCAGAAGGAACACUGAGUGCAAAAGCUGUAUGGCCUCAUAAGGCUUGGCGUGUGCAAGGGACAGAGAACAUAGGCCCUGCGGCUAGAGCACCGGGAGGAAAUGGAGGCACAGCGCCAGCUGCAAGGCCAGGGUCCCCCUUUGGCUGCACACUGGGACCUCCUGCAGCAGGUGGGCAUUGCCGACACCUGGGACCCCUCUCCAGAGAUUCUGUUUAAUGGGUCUGAGGUGUUGCCUGGGCGUCAGGAGUUUAAAAGUUUCCCAGAUGACUCCAAUGUGCAGCCAAGACUGUGAGGCACUGACAAGACCUUGGAGACCACACAGGGUACUUGGAUUAGUGACAAUACAAGACAGAACUUAUUGUCUGAGAGGCCUUGGAGGUGGGGAUGGAGCUGGGAAAAUGAAGUAAUCCAGAAGAAAAGAGACAAAAGGGGACUGACGAGAAGGCCAGGACAGGCAGAGAAUUCCAGAAAAUGUGACAAAUCAGAAGGCACAAAAACAGACCAGUGCAGACGGAAUCAGAGAGCCAGAGACUGAGGGAGAAAGGGAACCAUAUGUACUAGCUUCCCAUUGGUGCUGUAACAAGGUAACACAGACUUGGCAGCUUGAAACAAUACACAUUUAUUACCUUGUAGUUCAGAAGCCUGAAAUGGGUGUUGCUGGGUUAAAAUCAAGGUGUCAGCGGGGCCUGGUUCUUUCUGCUGCUCCAGUGGGGACCCACUCCCUUGCCUUUGCAGCUUCUAGAGGCCACAGACUCCCUCAGCUUGAGGCUCCCUUCCUCAGCUUUCAAAGCCAGCAAUGUCAGGCUGCACACUUCUCAUGCCACUCUCUCUGGUUCUCUUUUGCUUUGGCCUCCACUUUUAGGGACCCUUGUGAUCACAUUGCACCCAUGUAGACAACCUGGAAUAAUCUCCCUAGAUUCAACUGAUUACCAACCUUAAUUCCACCUGCAAGUUUAAUUCCCUUUUGCCAAGUAAGUUGACAUGUUCACAGGGUCCAGGAAUUAGGGCAUGGCCAUUUUUGGGGGACCAUUAUUCUAUCUACUGUAGCAUAGAUGUACAUUUUUUACAAAACAGAUUUUAGUAAUAUAUUUAGUCUUUUGCUUGGGUAUCUGUGUGUUUUAUGAGCAGUGACCAGGGAGGGUAGUUCCAAGAUGAAUAUACUUGUGUUUGUUCCAAUAGGUUUGUUUAUCAGGGUGUCAUUUUUGAGUGUCUCCCUGAUAAGUAUGGGGGAAGGGAAGACAGGUGUCUAAUAAAGUCCUGCUGCUCCAUCAAAGCCUGGCUGCUGCUGUGUUGUUGUUCUUACUAACUAUAAAACUAAUGACACAAUGUCUCUUUGUAUGUUUUCUUUGAGCAUGUCCAUCUGUUCUUAAAUAAUACUGGAUGUCUCUCUCAGUGAUAUUUAAUGCAUAUGAGACUACUAAGCUGUAUCUGUGAUGCUUGCAUUACACGAGUGUGUCUGUGUGUAAGUUUGUGCACACUGGGGCAUUUGGGCAUUGAUGGUGCACCCACGUAUUUAACAAUGUGGGUGAUCACAGCUGUAGAUGCUUACUCACUCACAACCCCCCAUGGAUACCCAGAUAGCAAGGCCUGGCAUGGGGCAGGAGCUAGGAAGAGAAGGGAGGAAGGGAGGAGAGUGGGGAAGAGAAGGGAGGGAGGAGAGUAGGGAAGAGGAGGGGAGGAAGAGCAAAACAGAGAGUUGGAGGCAAGGGAAGAAGGGAACAUCAGAAAAAAAAAAUCAGAAAGCAGGAGGGAGUUCCAGGGAUCUGCAAUUUAAAAAAGAGGCAGGGUUGGGUCACAGCAAGGGGACAAGUCAGAAGACCUAGGUAUGGCUCCACUUCUGGCCAUUCCCUAGCUAUGCGACCUUGGCAAUUCCAGCUCUCUGGGCCUCAGUGAACAAUGACAGCUGAAAUAGACACUUCUUGGGUACAAUCCCAAGAAGGAGGAGGGAAAGAGAAAAAUGGAAAUAAAAAACACACGGGGAAAAGAGAGGGAAAGAGCUAGCCGGAGGGCGAGCUGAGAGCCCCUCCCUAGGCACCUGCUCCCCGCCCCUCACCCCAGAGCUUCAGAGUAUGCUUAAGCCCUUAAUAGGUAAGGAGGGAAGAUGGAAGGGCGAGAAGCGCGGGGGAAUGACAGCCACACACCAACACUCGAGGCUUGCCAAAGCCGCACAAACCAAGCAAGACCCGUGCUUCCAGCCCGGCCCUCAGAUGUGGGUGCGCCAGCCACCUGGAGUGACUCACGCCCCAGCGAUGCGGGCACACACGCCAAGAGCGAGCCUGGGCACUCUGCCCGCCUGCACACCACAGGCCGAGCGGAAGGAGCCUCCGCCCUCCCUAUAAAGCCCGCCGUGCCGGGGAGAUUCGCGCACUGGCCGAGACUCUGGCUGAAGACAGGCAGGCCCAGGAGGGGCAGAAAAGCGGCAAAACUUAAUGCGGGAGACGCAGAGAGGGGCACCGACUCCGCCAGCAGCAGGACUCGCCCGCCAUCUGCGCGCUCCGAGGCGGUCGCGGAGGUCGCGGAAGGGGCGGCGUGCAGACCCCGCGCCCCCAUGGAUGCGCCCGAGCUGGGCCCGGGGCUGGUGGAGCGUCUGGAGCAGCUGGCGACGUGUCCGCUGUGCGGGGGCCCCUUCGAGGACCCGGUGCUUCUGGCGUGCGAGCACAGCUUCUGCCGCGCGUGUCUGGCUGGCUGCUGGGGGGCCCCGCCGGCGGCCGGCACCGAGGCUCCCCCCACCGCCUGCCCCUGCUGCGGCCUGCCGUGCCCCCGCCGCUGCCUGAGGUCGAACGUGCGGCUGGCCGUGGAGGUGCGGAUCAGCCGCGGGCUUCGGGAGAAGCUGGCCGAGCCUGCGGCCCGCGCGGGGAGACGCCGAGGGGGCCGCAUCCCCACCAUGGGCUGCCUGGACCCGCGCGCAGAGGAUAUAAGGAAGACAUGGAGACGAUUUGAUGUCCCAACACCCAAGUCAUCUAACUCAGAGGAUGAUCUCCCUGAAGAUUACCCAGUGGUCAAGAACAUGCUUCACAGACUGACCGCUGACCUGACACUGGACCCUGGUACCGCACACCGCCACCUGCUCAUCUCUGCUGACCGUCGCAGCGUCCAGGUGGCCCCACCAGGGACUCCCGCGCCCCCUGACGGCCCUACGCGCUUUGACCAGCUCCCGGCUGUGCUGGGCGCACAGGGCUUCGGAGCUGGCCGCCACUGCUGGGAGGUGGAGACCGCGGGCGCCGCCUCCUGCACAGACUCUUCUGGGGACGAGGAUGACGGGGAGCGCCGCUAUGCCGUGGGCGCGGCAGGGGAGUCGGUGCAGCGCAAGGGUCGCGUGAGGCUGUGCCCCGCCGGAGCCGUGUGGGCCGUGGAGGGCCGCGGCGGCCGUCUCUGGGCCCUCACGGCACCCGAGCCCACCCUGCUGGGCGGCGCUGGGCCCCCGCCGCGGCGCAUUCGAGUGGACUUGGACUGGGAGCGGGGCCGCGUGGCCUUCUACGACGGCCACUCGCUGGACCUGCUCUUCGCCUUCCAGGCGCCCGGCCCCCUGGGGGAGCGUGUCUUCCCGCUGUUCUGCACCCGGGACCCCCGCGCCCCGCUACGCAUUGUGUCAGCGGAAGGCUGAGGGUCUCCCCCCAGCCUCCACGCCAGUCAGCAGCCGCCGCGAAGCUGCUUCCUUUGGGGCUCAGAAGUCCCCACUCAUUGCAGGGAUCAUGUCCGCACGCCCACUGCAGGAGUAAUAAGCACCCCACACCAAACCGUAUUAUCUCUUCUCUGUCUCAUUAUUUUCCCCCCAGAUAAUAAGGCCUCCGCUGGCUACAGGUUUCCAUAUCCAUGUCCAAAGCCACAUCCGUUCCUCCCCCUAGCACCCUAAUCUUCUUUCUCACUACUACCCCAGUACUUCCCACCUACUUUCUCCCCUUCUGUACUAUUCCAGGUCUGAAGUGGGGAGCAGGCCCUGCCCUGUCAGUACUAGUAAACUGCACGUUUACUACACAGGGGUCCUGCUAGUCAAGUCAAGUAUUUACCUCCCACUCUUGCCCGUACUAGCUCCAAAGGAGGGCUCAGGGCCUUCUCCAUGGCUCUAAGACUUGGGCUUCCCUGUCUGUCCACUCUGAAGUUUCUCCUCAAGAGAAACAAGAGACUUGACUCUGGCCUGGGCCCUAUGGCCCUCUAGGAAGCUUAAUACCCCUUUUUGUGGGAGGCAGGGGGGCAAGCCAGUUCCACUCCACCCUCCUGUGACUUUUUAUGCUCAUGGCAUUUUUCCAUAAAACCGCCCCCUGCAUGUACUCACAGAAAGGAACCAAUGGUGCUGCCUCUCCUCUCCUCCACCUGGGAAUGGCCUAGACAUCCCCAAACUCAUCUUUGUACAUAGUCUCAUAUCUUUCCCCAUAUGUAUAAAUGGGCCCAUAUUUAACACAUUUUGUGAUGUUGGGUUAUUUAUUUUGUGCAUCUGUGGCAAUAAAUGAGAUCUCAGUGGC